AAAUUAAACGGCGCAAAACUCGGGAAUGCAGCCGCGGACCUUGCGAGUCGGAUUAUUGAUAAUAGCUGUGAAAUAUACAGUUUUGAGUUAUUUUGUGUGGCGUUAUUACCAUCCAAAAAAAACGGCCUGAAAUCCCAUCAGUUUUUGGAAAACUCGAAACUUUUGGCCUGACAUGAUGGACGUUGAAAUCUUUCCCGAUGAGGAAUUCGACAUUGCAGAGCAUCAAGUGACGAGAAAAAAGUGCAACUGCAGCUAAACUUUGUGCAUUUGUGUGGGAGACACAACAAACAUUUUACUUGUGGAGAGUGAAAAUCUCGUCUGAUUUCAGAAUUUUAAUGAGAUGGACUGAUCAAGAAAUCAAGAAAAGGAACAUGUACGGCGAAGGAUUAGAAUCGGUGUCCGAAGGAUGGCGCCAUACCCGAGAUUUGAGUACUACCACGGAUCCUAAUAUUAGUUCGACAGUGCAAGAGGAAGAUCAUUUUUGCAAACUAAUACUGUACAAAGAAAUCCAAGAUUCAAGGGUGCGAAUAUGGGACGUGAUGAUUCUAAUUCCGAAUCUAUUGUUGCUCCUAUUCAUUAUCAUCAGAUUUAAUAGAGCGCGACUCAAACUUCGAGCGACAAGUAGUCCAAUAUUUUUAGCAUUUUAUGGUCUUGUGAUUUGUAAUGUCGCAAUUUCGGUGAUUCGAUGCGUCGUCUCGAUGACUGUCAAUGCAGCAGCAUCAGUCGGCGGCAAAGCGGACAAGGUGCUAUGGGUGACAGUUCGAUUUUUCCUACUUUCGACGGAAAUGAGUGUCGUCAUUUUUGGUCUAGCUUUCGGACACCUAGAUAGUCGUUCGAGCAUUCGCAGAGUAUUGCUGUCCACUUCUUUUAUAGCACUAGCUUACACGAUAACUCAGGGUACUUUGGAAUUAGUUUUGCCAGAUGACAUGUUUUAUAUAGGUAGCAAGGAGCUUUUCGUUUUUGGUCAUGGAGGAAUGCUGUUUUGGUUCUGCAGCAGUCUCGUAUUCACAUCGAUAUACUUGUUGAUACUAAUAUUACCGUUUACGCGAUUGCGAGAGAGAUUAGCCUUACCAAACAAAAAAAGUUUCUACGUUUACGCGGGAGUUUUAGCAGCUUUGAAUCUGGUACAGUCAAUAGGAGCUGGACUUCUAAAUUACACUCAAAACCUGGCGGGUCUCUGUGUUGUGGAUGUGACUGCUGCAAUUUACUUAACUCUAUUCACGCCACUAGUUUAUCAUACAUUCUUAUCAGAGUUCUUCGGAGUGUCACAACCAUCAAUCAUGUUCUCCUACAAAGCGCAGGUGGACGACGCGAUGGAGGAAGACACAGUGUCGCUGCCACAUCAGCAAAGUUUUUCCUCGUUGAAAACUGACAGCGACUACAUUUAUCAGAAUAACAGUGUCUAUGACUCGACCCAGUUCGACAUGAGUGCAACACCAGUCAACCCGCUUUAUGCGGCAUCGCUGCAAAGUCCAGAUAGCAUCACCGGGUACAGUAUAGACGGCCAAGAGACACACACUCAUACCAACGGUUAUCAGCAGUGAACGUGGCUUCAUAUUUUUAAAAUCUCUUCCACAAGAGCUAGAGAAGUUUUGGGUACAUUUUUUACCCCAUGGGCGCAUACUCCUAACUCAGAAAGAACUUUACAAAAUUCGGUUGUAAAGAAAAAAUCCCCCUUUCUGGGGGAGGGGGGGGGGCGAGUGUUGUGAACAAACAGGGGCGCCAAGCCAAAGAGGUCAAGACCGGAACUGCAACUAUCUGUGGCAGGCCUUUCCAACGAGGAAAAACUUAUUCAAAGUCCAGAUGGUGCAUUUCCCCCACCACUUCGAUCUGCUCAUUUUAAAGAGCAACUUGUGAAUAGAGGGGGAACAUUCACAUCUGCGAUUUGAAUCGUUUCAACGAAAAUUCCUUAAAUUUCUCCUGGUUGGAGAGGCCUGAUUUAUGGGAACGAAUGGGUUUCUUGUAAAAAAAAUACAAUAUUGGUUGUAAUGUUUUAGAUUUGUAGUUUUAUAAAGAAAUCUUUCUUGUAAAAAAAAUACAAUAUUGGUUUCUCAAUGUUAAGAAAAAACAAAUCUGAUACGUUACUCUGAUUUUAUUAAAUCUGCGAACCUGAAUAUUUUUGUACCUUUAACUUACAGUUUGCAUAUGAAGCCAGUAAGUUUUCAUCGAACCUUUCUAGUCCUCACCAUAGCUGUAAAAUUGCGGGAUGGUAUUUCUAGAUUUAACGAUUGAACGAGUAUAAAAUUAGAAGAUAAGUGGUGAAAAGUAUUUGCUUGCCUAGAACUUAAUUUUAAGGAAAUCUCGAAUAUCCGAUUCGAACAAAUUUAAUUUAAUUAUUUAAAAACAUAAGUUACGACAAAAUUAUUGUUUAAUUUAGUGUUCCGCGCUUCAUUGGUUUAAUAUUUAAACAAUUCCAGGGAUUUCUAUGUUUAGGCAUUAAAUAGAAAAAAAAGAGCCGAUUAAUUUUUCUAGCAAUCACCCCAGGUGAAGAGCUUCAAAAAGUCAUAUCAUAGAC